AUGAGCUCGAAAAGGGUUCGAAAGCAGAGCAAAUUCAUGGUAUUCCUGAGACGCCCGUUUCGGGUCUUGGCCCGGGCCCGAGAUUUGACCCUGAAGAGCCUGACGGGCUGCGGCGGCAACAUCGCCUACGGCAACGCCAUGGGCUGCCCCACGCCGCAGAUACCCAGCCUCCCAAGAAGCUUCAGCACAAACGCAUCCAAUCCCAACAACAUCAAAUCCGCCGAAGAAGAGCUCAAGGACCUCCUCAGGCUCGCCUCCGUCCGCGGCAUCACCGCCAAGGUCGGCCCGGAGCUCCGCCGCUCCAAGAGCUCGUUCCCUCUUGGCGCCGCCGCCGCCGACGGCGGCGUGGCGGUGGUGCCGCGGAGCAACACGGUGGGGUUCGGGAGGAUCGACGAGGAUAGGUCGUUCCAUGAUUUCGGCGAAGAGGACAAGCGGGGUUUGCUUGGUGGUGGAUCUAAUGAGUUUCCGAGGAGUAGAAGCCACGCCGCCGCUUCAAGAAAAGUACAGGCGUGA